AUGAUGCGACCGCUUCUUAUGCGCUGCGGCGCCGCGGCCGCCAGAUCUGGCCCGUCACAACUUUCCAGACCCCUUCUCGGAUCAUGGCAUGCUACGAGGAAAUAUAGCAUAACGCCCGAGGCUGCUUCACUCUCAAAGCCUCAGGACAUCGACCCUUCCAAGCUUAUCAUCGAGAAGAACACGAAGCCGGGCAGCCUGAAGAAUCCAGAGGAGCUCGUCUUCGGAGCCAAUUUCACUGACCACAUGAUCUCUAUUGAGUGGAACAAGACGGACGGCUGGCUGGCACCGCACAUAACGCCGUACCAGAACCUCUCACUCGACCCGGCGACCUGCGUGUUCCACUAUGCCUUCGAGUGCUUCGAAGGUAUGAAGGCGUAUAAGGACAAGAGCGGGAAGAUCAGGCUAUUCCGCCCCGACAAGAACAUGGAGCGUCUAAACAAGUCCGCUGCUCGUAUCGCUCUGCCAACCUUCACCGGUACGGCCUUGAUCAACCUGAUCGCGGAACUCGUUAAGAUGGACCAGCGCUUCAUCCCCGACAAGCGUGGCUUCUCACUCUACCUGCGGCCAACACUCAUUGGCACGCAGAAGACACUCGGCGUCGGCCCGCCGGGCUCUGCACUGCUCUUUGUCAUCGCCUCGCCCGUCGGCCCCUACUACCCCACCGGCUUCAAGGCCAUCUCACUAGAGGCCACCGACUACGCCGUGCGAGCGUGGCCCGGCGGUGUCGGCGACAAGAAGCUGGGUGCUAACUACGCGCCUUGCAUCGUGCCUCAGCGUGAGGCCAUGAGCCGUGGUUUCCAGCAGAACCUCUGGCUCUUCGGCCCGGAGGAGUACGUGACGGAGGUCGGCACAAUGAACAUGUUUGCGGCGAUCAGGAACAAGGAGACCGGCCAGAAGGAGCUUGUGACCGCCCCUCUGGACGGCACCAUCCUGGAGGGAGUGACUCGUGACUCUGUCCUGCAGCUCGCUCGCGAGAAGCUCGCCCCUGAGGGCUGGAUGAUCUCGGAGCGCAAGUACACCAUGCACGAGCUCGCCGAGGCCUCCCAGGAGGGACGUCUCAUUGAAGCUUUUGGUGCCGGAACAGCUGCUAUUGUCAGCCCUAUCAGGUCGAUCAGCUGGAAGGGACAGCUGGUGGACUGUGGCCUAAAGGAGACCGAGGAGUCUGGAGAAAUUGCACUCAGAAUGAAGGACUGGAUGGAGGCUAGGCAGUAUGGCGACGAGGAGCAUGAGUGGAGUUAUGUGUGCUAA